AUGGCGGGAGGUUUUCUACCUUAUCACGAGCCAGGAAUUGUCGACAUCCUCAUCCUGAUUUCCUUCUUUUUCAUCUUGUCCUUGGCAGAAUGGGCCUCAGCGAAGAUAAUUCGCGCCGGCAUCAUUGGCCAAAUAGCGGUCGGUAUCAUUUACGGUAAACCUCUCGCCGAUAUCCUUGAACUGGACUGGCAAAAAACUUUUCUAUUCCUCGGCUAUGUUGGCUUAAUUUUGAUCAUAUUUGAAGGUGGUCUCAACGCUCGCCUGGAUCUUUUAAGGGCAAAUCUGGUGCUUAGUAUGCUCGGUGCAGCCACCGGUGUUUGUUUCCCCAUUGGCCUUUCGUACCUGCUUCUCUAUUUUGCAUUCGGAUAUGGUGCUGUGGAAACCUUCAUUGUUGGAGCAGCGCUAUCUGCAACCUCUUUGGGUACAACUUUUGCGGUGAUAUCUUCUGCUUCCAGCACCGUCGAUCUUGCACAGACCCGAGUAGGCUCUGUCCUGAUCAGCGCGGCGGUUAUUGACGACGUGGUUGGGCUUGUCAUGGCAAGCGUCAUCGAAAAUCUUGGUCAGCUUAGAGGAGGAGGUGAUAGUGGUGGUGGUGGCGGCGGAGUCAAUCUCGGCUGGCUGAUUGGACGCCCUAUCGUGGCCUCGAUCGCGAUGGCGAUUGUAACACCCCUCGCGAGCAAAUACCUGUUCGCGCCGACGUUUCGACGGUUCAUCGAGCACGACUUUGCGCGUUUCGACCACAUCUCCAACAUCAUCCUGAUGACUCUGUCGCUAUGCGCGUUCAUCACGAUUGCGGCCUACGCGGGAACCUCAGUACUUUUUGGCGCCUUCCUGGCUGGCACAUUCCUUACCUACAUCCCCAGCAAGCAGCUGACUGGCCCGUUCGUCGUGAUGAGCCGGGAGGAGGGCGAGAAGCUGGCGCACAAGAGCCCGACGUUCGUCCACACCUUUGAGCGCUACCUCGUUGACGUCCAGAAGUACUUGAUGGAGCCGUUGUUUUUCGCGAGUAUCGGCUUCGCCAUCCCCUUCGUGCAGCUGUGGACCGGCAAGCGGAUCUGGCGAGGGAUCGUCUUCACGCUUUUGAUGGUCUUUGCCAAGUUUGUCGUGGGGGUUUGGGUGCCGAUUUGGGGCCGUUGGCCUGCUCGCAAGCAGGAGCCGAGUUUAGCGUCGGUAGAGAGUAGUGGUAUGGAAAACGGAAGCCAGGCGCGUGCAGAGAGUGGGGAAGUAAAAGACCAAGCAACCACAUGGCUUUCGGCAUUCCUCUUGGGGUCUGCGAUGGUCGCGCGGGGCGAGAUUGGGCUUCUGAUCAUUGAGAUUGGAUAUAACGAAACAUCCUACGUCAGCGAGGAGGCCUUCAUCACGGGCGUGUGGGCGAUUCUGCUCAAUACCAUUAUUGGGCCUGCCACGGUAGGGCUUCUGAUCAAGUACUGCGGCAGACGCAUUGGAGAGGGCGAAUGGGGUCUUCAGCGCUCGGUCAUAGGCAUGGAGGUGCCCCCAGCUUAG